UUGAUUUUAUUACAUAUAACUGGUUUAUAUGGUGUCAAACGACACCAAACUAAUAGUAAAUGCUGUAAAAAAGGUGACCGAAUGGCCAAAUAUAUUACGAUUAUAUGUAGAGUCAAAGGACAUACCGUUUUACGGUUGAGCCGAGACUUUGAUAGCAAUAGCGAAGAUCAUGUCUACUAUUACAGCGAUAGCCCGGAUGAUGACCAACAAUCACCUAUUAUUGACAAUCAUAAGGUUGAUGGCUAUUAUAAUGAUGUUUCCGAUGAUAAUUACGAUUUAAAUCGAGUCAAACAAGAAGUUAUAGAUCCUUUAGAAGAAUCUUAUGAAGACAAUUGUCAAAAAUUAUUGGAUGACUUCGACCGUAACUUUUCAUUAGUACCGCAAAACAAUUGUGAAAAUUAUAUCAAACAAGAAGAAAAUUUAAUGGAUUGCCAACAAAACUUAGACAGUUAUCAACAGUACUUAUCAGUGGCCAAAUCGGGUGGUCGUCAGUUGUUUUUAUGUAAAUGGAAGAACUGUAGCUAUCAGUCGCUCUGGAGGAAUGCCAUUGCAAAUCAUAUCAGAAAUCAUAUGAAAUACUUUCCAUUUGUCUGUGAAUAUUCCGGUUGUGAUAAAAGUUUUGCCAUUGCAUCCAAUCUUCGUAAUCAUCAUAAAGUACACGUCGCCAGAAAACAACGUCGAUUAUCACAAGACAUUACCACUUAUAAUGAAGACCAGAAUCCAUAUGAAAGUACUAAUGAAAGUGAUGUCACAAAUAAUUUAUUCAAUGGAUCUCAUCGUCAAAAACAAAGUUUGCAACAAAAGUCUAAACAUUGCUCAACAAAUAGUGCUCUUAUGCAACAAACUAAUGGAUUCACUAAAAACAAAGUAAAACAAGUAAUUACUCAGAAAAAGAAGAAAUCAUUUGUCGAUAAAAUCACUAAUAAAUAUGUUAUUAACCGAAAUACGAAAAAGUCAGUUAUUUCUGUUAAGACUCGACCGGAAAGUCCUAAACUUAAAGUGGAAGACAACAACAAAAACAUGGAUAACAAUAAUAAUAAUUUAAAAGUCAAGGUAUCCGACAAUCAUAACAAUUUGCUAACUAAGAAGCCAACAAUUGUAGGCAUUAAAAGUGUCAAACCAUACUUCAAUGUUCAGCACAGGGAUCAAAAAACUUGGAGGUGUUGUAAACUUUGUACUUAUGAAACGCCUUACGCCACGUCUAUUAUCUAUCACAUGAAGAAUGUCCACUUCGACGACAAACAAUAUGUUUGCAAUAUCUGUGGAAAUCGAUAUGCGAUGAAAACCAAUCUAAACAAUCACAAGAAUGUACAUAAAACCAAAAAGUGAUCGAAAAAAUUAA